CAGAAAAACAGAAAUUUGCGGUCAGAAAGAAGACCACUAUGGAGAUUGCUUAAUAAUUGUCAUUUGGAGAAAUUAAAAAGACAAAAUGGCAUCAAUAUUGAAAAACCAGAUCCUCAAGCAUCUGUCUAAAUUCACCAAGAACUUGUCCCCGGAUAAGAUCAACCUCAGCACUCUGCGCGGGGAGGGGGAGUUAUCUAACCUGGAGCUCGAUGAGGCCAUUCUCAUGGACCUCAUGGACCUUCCAACAUGGAUGAGGCUUAAGAAGGCUCACUGUAACAAGCUCACCAUCAAGAUUGCUUGGACAAAACUAAAGAGUCAGCCCAUUGGUAUUUACUUGGAUGAAGUUGUUUUAGAAAUGGAAACAUGUGAUGACCCAAGGCCGCCGAACAACCCUGCACAUGAGGCCAGUUAUAGGUCUGGAGGAAAGUAUGGCUUUUCUGAUCGAGUCAUUGAUGGCAUUUAUGUACAUAUCAACGCCGUGUCAGUCAAAUUUAUGUCCAAGAAAUUCCACGCAUCUCUACAGCUUUCCCGAGUUGUAGUGCAAAGUAAAUCUCCGAACUGGCAAAAGACAGAUGACCUCCGAUCAACAAAAAUAAAGGAAUCGAGUCGUGGCGAGAUUCUCUUGUUUAAAGAAGUUGAAUGGCAGACAACUCGGAUUGAGGCUACGGCAGUGGAAGGGGAGACAAACGACUUCCUACUGACGCCACUACGACUAAUAGCCAACCAAUCAAAAGUCAGGAUCACCAUCAAGAAAAACCUCAGUGACUGUAGUAUAAUCUCCACCUGUGUGAUGCUCUUCCUGGACGACAUCCUUUGGGUUCUCACAGACACGCAGUUAAAGGCGGCCAUCUUGUAUGCCAAUUCGCUACGGAUGAUGAUAGAGAAAUCCAGAGAGCAGGGUAAAAAACUGGCUGCAGAAACAAUUUUGCGUCAGGGACAGUAUCGACAGAUGUACCCUCAGCAACAGGCCUCUCAGCGAGCCCGCUCCCAGUCCAAUGCCACGCCAGCCCAGUACUUCAUGAAAUACGAUGUACAAACCACGUCCUACCAUCUCAUCAGCAGUCGUAUCGACCUCCACCUCUGUGACGAUUCCUCACCUGAUUCUAAUGUAAAUGACAACCCAAAACACAACAAGAGGAUUGAGGGCGGAGCUAUGCAAAUUACAUUCAAUAAGCUGUCAUUAGACAUUUACCCUUUCAACCCAGCAGAUGAGGAAUUGAUCAUGUCUCGCGGUGGAGAAAGGAAACACUGGUAUCGGUACAUGGACAACCAAGGAUCACGAAACUUCUGGGUACAGCAGCUGUUCGCUGCCUUCAAACAGGAUGUCACUAGGGCCCGUGAAACAUGCUGUGUCGCGUCUCCCACCCAGUCACCCGCACAUGAACCAGUCAAUCAGAAACCGACAGAGAAACCACAACCAACCAAUCAGAAUCCCAGCGGAAGUAGAUCUCCACCGCCUCCCCCUCCGUCUCACCAACAAGUCCCUCCCAUCCGAGUGCCAAGUCAGCGUCCACGGUCCACCAAGUUACUGGAGAGUUGUACAGUCCUCAAGGUAGAGGAGUUUAUCAUCUACCAAGUGUCAACUGCAGACAACAAACGUAACACUCCGUGCAAGUUCCUUAGCUCGGACAAGAAGCAGCUCCAUCUACCGUCGGACAUGUCUGUUCUACACAUGGAGUACACCGACUAUUUCUUCCCCGAGGGCAUCAACUACCCAGGGAUCAGCAAAUCAAAGUCCAAUUUCUACGGAACAGUGCCCCAUGCUAACCUGUACAUGCUGGUAAACCCGAUCCGACUCAACCUGGACUACCUGACACUGCUGUGGGUCAACUUCUUCAUGCUGAACCUGUCCCAGUCAGUGACACCAGAGAUGUUGGACGACACCCCUAAACAACACGUUGACAUCAAGAUUGAGGCCCUAAUGCCAAGGGUGAUAGUGUCGGCUGAGAAGAAGGUCGAGAGUCAGCCUGACAGGCCAGAGGGUGUUCAGUUACAAGUGUCCAAAAUCUGUGUCACUAACACCCAUGUAGAAGAACACACAGGCCGGGCAGAUCUCGCUGAGGUGCUUCGUCAGUAUAAGGACGGCCAUCUCUUUACUUCCUUACAGUACCCUAACAACAACAAUCCGCUGAUAAGCCUGUCCCCUCACUUCAGUAUGUUUGCUAACGGACAAGACAAUGCUUAUAUGCAGCGUUAUGCCAAAGACCUAGUGGCAGGUCGGUUACCCCAGGGCAUUGAAUCUCAGGCAGGGUCAGAAGCCAUUGCCAAGCUCCUCAAAACCAACACCUUGAAGCGUAAUGCUAGCUUUGAUGUCUGGAGUGUGUGUGCCGAUCAGGCAUGGCUGGAGUUUGUAGGUGUGCCCGUUUCCAAGUCCCGCCCGAUUCCUUUUGUGGAGUCGGUGCCAGUGUCUCUCUGGUUCUGCAUGCCAAUAGUGAUGGACGAGGCAGAAACCAAACUCUGCCAAAAUAACCAGCUUGAUGUGGUCGGCAUCAGUGGAAAUAGCAGAAGGGGAAGUAGUAAUGCCGGCUCCUUUCCGCCAUCCCCAGACGGGGACCCAUACAACUCCGUGUCUCCACAGAGAGACCGCCCAGCACGAAAACUUCUCAAGGAAUAUUACUCAACAGACAGCGAAUCAUACGACACAAGUCCCGACGACAAUCCGUCAUCUUGUGAUAAAACGAACAUAUCCUUGAAACCCGAGGAUAAAGGUCAGAGUUCACAGCUGGCCAACUACAACAUUGUGGCUAAGGUUGGCGGGCCAGUAAAAGCCCAGAUGAGUCAUUCCCAGUACCUGUUUCUAAUGAGACUUUUAGAAUCUUUUACGGUCUUCCAAACUCAGUUGUCAGUGGAUGUAGAACAUUUCCUGGGAGUGUCCGACUCGCCCACCACAUUUUCUGUCCCACUUGUGGUACCUGACCUGGAGUUUGUCAUGGUGUGCCCUUAUGUGGCAGAGUUACUUCCCUUCACACACAACAUGCCUGCUAGCCCGUCUGGGGCAAGUCUACGAGACGGAGAUCUGAUGGAGGAGGGAUAUAUGAAGGACGAAGGCUCUCAGCAGAUUGACCUCGACCUAGGACUUGUAACAGAGGAUGAGGACAUUAGGGUCAAUGAUAGCAUUGUGGACUCUGGGUCACAGUGCUCCUCCCACACAGCCAUCUCCAAGUCCCUCAGCGAUUCCAAGAUCCAGUGUCACACGGGCUUGGGGCUGACGGGAGUCGAGGAACACAGCAACCAAGGGAUGUUUGUGUCGGCCCAGAUAUCCCACUCAAGUCAGGGCCUCGCCGACAACCACCACGAUUCCUCGUCUGGCUACGACUCCAGCUUUGGAUCUCGUGGAUCAGGUUCCCAGCAAAUGAAGAAAUCGGCCAACAAGGCAGCUGAUCAGAUGAAAAAAUCAUUCACAUCUGCCUUGUCCGGUAUUACUGGUCUGACGGACAAAAUUAAAGCGAAAAUAGACUCAAACGAAGAAAUUGACGAUUGUGAUACCAUGAGUAUAAGAACGGACAACUCUGACGACGACCUAGACUUUGAGAUGUUGAAUUUAGAGGAAACCGAGAUGCCUGCGUUUCACCACCCUAAUAUUGGAGCAUCGGAGACAGCGUCAUCCACCGACACAGAUAUGCAGGACGAUAUGUCCAGCUUAUACGCUGAGAGCUCUGCGGCCACAAAGGGCAGAGAACUGGUUUCAGUGAUUGCAUUUCGUGUGCGGGGUUCUGAGAUUCUGAUGCAAAAUGAUGGAAGUGAUACAGCGAUUCGGAUCCAGACACGCCACCUCAGCACCAACCAGCCUGGUAACAUGUACUAUGAGGACUUCUACAACAAGUUCACCUCCACACCAGGAAUGUUUGGCCAGAGCGAGAUUUCACCAGAUGAUCUGAAAACCUUCACAAUCAAACUGAAGAUUGUGUCCGGACCAGGAGCUGAUGCCGAGUUACCAAUCACGACGCAGACAGAUUCACCGGGCUACCUAAGUGUAAUGGCAGAGAAGUGUGGACUCGCCUUCAACACCUCCAGUCUCGCUAACAUGGCCAAAUUUGUGGAGGACGAAUCGACCGGGCAAGCCCUACCGAUGCAUGUCACAGUCAGCGACUUCAACCUAUCGCUGAAGGAUGAUGCUCCAAAGCCCAAUAUACCACCUGGUCCCCCUAUGGAGUGUAUGGUCCACAAGCUGGCCAUAUCUCGUGGGUACGACGGCAUCUUCCAUUUAACAGCCGAGUCCGUCUUGUCAAGCGGCCCUGAAACAAAAGAGUUGUCAGGACAACAGACGGAGGACAAGGAGGAAGGGAGACCAUCGUCACCUUCGCAUCAGUCCUUGUUAUUAGAGAAUCAACAACUCAAGAAAUCUUUACAGGAAAUGUCUAAUCUCCUACAAAGCCAAAAACAGUUAAAUCGAAAAGUGCAACAAGAUAUGGAAAGUAUACAAAAAGAAAACGAAAACCUGCAAAGUAAACUGUAUAAGAUUUCAUUACCAAGUAAUGGCACCAACGACAGCGAGAUUCAUGCGAACGCGGUGAUAGCUGAGAAUCUGAAACUCCAGCAAAAGAUCAUCGUUCAGGAAGACGAGAUCAGUACCCUGACAAAGGAAAAGGAUUCUCUACUUGACACGCUCAAACUUCUACAGGAUGAACUGUUUCAGUCUGAGUCGCGGCGACGACACAUCGACCAUCACAGUUAACCACAGCUUGGGCUACGCAAAUAGUGCUGGCUCGUAACGGAUGGGUUUAUCUGAGGGAGAAUGUUGCCAGGGUGACAGUUCUGUAUGCAAGUGUUGUCAUGGGGAUUGUUGAAAGAUAUGAAUGAGAGACUGUUGCCAUGGCAAUCAACCAUAUAACGAAUGAGAGUUUAUCUUAACAUGACUGAGAGUUGACACGAUGAUUUGUUUUAUCAUAUCACUGUGUUGUUGGUGGAAAUUGUUUGGUAUCCAGAAUUUUGUCUGUACUAUAAUCUUUUUCCAUAUGGGUAAGAUGAUGUACAUUUUAUGCCAUAUGGAUUUAAAUCAUGCCUGUGAUGUAUAAUCAUGGGUACUAUUCAUAUUUUGUGUAACCACGGAGACUUUACAUACUUUUAAGUAGCCAUUAUAGUACUCUUACUUAGUGUGACCAUGGUUAUUGUCAUUCUUUGUGUGACCACGAAUACAACUCUUACUAUUCAAAACCAUGGAGAUUCCUUUUACUUUGUAUAGUCAUGAUACUACUCUUGUAUUGUGUAACCAUGGAUACUCCUCCUACUUUGUGUAACCAUGGAUACUAGUCUUACUUGGUGUAACCUUGGAUACUCGUAUUUUGUGUAACCAUGGAUACUCCUCAAACUUUGUGUAAACAUGGAUACUCCUCAUACUUUGUGUAACCAUGGAUACUCCUCAAACUUUGUGUAACCAUGGAUACUCCUCUAACUUUGUGUAACCAUGGAUACUAGUCUUUCUUGGUGUAACCCUGGAUAUUCAUAUUUUGUGUAACCAUAGAUACUCCUCAAAUUUUGUGUAACCAUGGAUACUAGUCUUUCUUGGUGUAACCUUGGAUACUUAUAUUUUGUGUAACCAUGGAUACUCAUAUUUUGUGUAACCAUGGAUAAUCCUUAUACUAUGUGUAACCAUGGAUACUCAAUCUUUGUUUAGUUAUGUAUAUUUCUAAUUCUUUGUGUUACCAUGGAUACUAAUGUUACUUCCUGUAACCAUUGAUACUCAUAUUUUGUGUAACCAUGGAUACUUUUCCUUUGUGUAACUAUGGUUACUCUUUAUACAUUUUGUAAUCAUGGAUACCCUCUUGUUAUUUGAAACCAUGGAUACUAUCAAGGCACAAUUUCGGUCCCCCAUUUCAAAAAAUAAUGUAAUUGUUAAGAUAAUCGAUCAGACCAUUGCAUUAUGAUGGACAGGGGGAGAAAUUUGUGAACAGCGAAGACUUAUUUUCACCUGUAAUAGCCCUGAGUAACAUUAGUCUGAACAAUAUGAAUGCUAGUCAUGGGACUGUGAUUAUGCUAGAAGAAACUUUAAAGAGUGCCAUUGACUGUUUCACAACAAAACUAGUUGAGGUUAGUACUUGCUUGACAUGUUAUAAAAAUUGUAUAGUUAUAGAAGAGUGUAAUAUUUGUGUGAAUUUUGAAAACCAAUAAGUUAUUAUAGUUUAUCCCUUUUGAUACAUUUCAUUCUCUUGACUUAUUCAAAAUACUGAUUUUGGUUGCGUAAUACAGGAUGAUUGUGUGAUACUUAUUGCUUAUUUAUGUUCAUUAAGAAGCUUUUCUGUGUUAAGUUGACCUUGUAGCAAUAUUAAGAUGUUAGUGCUAGUAGUUGCCAUUGAAUAUAGAUCCUGCCUUUAGUAUUGACGGGGGCUCUGAAUUAUGAAUGUUACCAGAAGAUCAUCGGCAAUAAUGUUGAGCGUAAAUAGUGUCAAAUCUGUAAUGCGUUUACCAUAAGGCCUGAAUUAAAAUAUUAAAUAUUUGCCGUAAACUGACCGACCAUCAAAAAUAGGCCUUAUAUUCCAACAAGUUGUACAACCAUUUAUAUCUCUCCACAUAGACAAUUAUUGAAUUUCAGAUCCUUGAAGUUGAUUAUUUAUAGUACGUUAAUUUUGUUUUAUUUUUCGUUUGCAAAAGGUUUGUUUGCAAAUUGCUUUAAUUCAAGCAUAAAGUUAAUAUACCAGUGACUUAUACACUGGUAAUAGCAUCAUUUAAAUACCCUGUAGUAAGCAAUGACAAUGAGCGUGAUAUCUUACCAUAUUUAUCCAACAAUAAGCCCAUGCCUGUUAAUAAGCCCAUCCAUAUAUAUUGCAAUUCAGUAGAAACGAACAACAAAUUUUAAUUAAUUAACCUUCCCCUUCUUUGAGUUAGAGAUUAUGUGAUUAGGAAUUUAUGUUGUUGUUUUUUUUCUUUAAUGUAUUUAUUUUUCUUUUCGUCUUUUGUCUUCCAUUCAAGUAAACAAGUAAUGAAUGUAUAUCUCAAACAUGAGGACAAUGGACUAACAGUUUUAUCAGAAAAUUUUAGAAUUCAAUGAUUUUGGGGUGGCCUUAGGCCAGUAAAAAGUGUGAAUUAUUUUUCCCACUGCAAAAAGUUUUCUAAUGAGUGGGUUUCUGUAUCUGGUUAUGUCCCCUUGGCAGAUAAUGAGUCUUUAUCAGGUUGCAUCACCAGAGUAGAUUAAGAGUCUAUAUCACCCCCCAGGGUAGAAGCAUAAUAAAAGAAACAUUCUUUAUGAAUGAUAUGAUAAAUAAUAUGUCCAAUGACAGCCAAUGUAAUGCUUAAAGUAAACAUAGAUAGAAGUGCCAUGCUUUUGUCUUCAAAUAGCUGUAACACUGUAAGCCUAUAUUGGUGCAUUAUAUACAUGUAUAAUAAUUUCCUUGAGUCUUCAGUACUGUGUACAACUAUCUUAAUCCCCUUUUAUACCAAGAAGUUGUUUGAAGUCAGUUUCACAUGCGAACAAUUUAGUGUAUGAGUGUUGCAAUUUUAAUUAAAAAAAAAAAAAAAUAUCAUAAUUUACCUCAUUUUGAAGACCUAUUCCUAAAGGAAUAUGUUUUUGAAUAGUAUUGCUUCUACAAACUCCGCAGAAUUUGAAACUGUGUGUCCCAUGUGUGUUAAGGUGGCUUAUGUUAAACUCAUGUGUACACAGCCAAGCUGUAAAAGUGAUGCUUUUUCACUGUAUUAACAUAUCUUAUUAAUUUCAUACUUUUUGUUUGUGAUUUCUGUUUGUAUAUUUUUGUUUUGUCUAACCAUUGAUAAUGGAUAAACAUUAUGUUAUUGUGUUAUUCAAGAAUCUGUUGCCAUUUUAUCCUUGGUUGUAUUUUGUAUUUUUCCCACAAUAAGCCCACAUCUGGUAAUAAGCCCACUCAUAUACUUCGAAAUGCCAACAAAUGCUAUUUCGGUGUCCUGUAAAACGCCGGUCCAGCUACUAUGAGUUAGAGAUUAUGUGUUGCCCGUUGGCUUAUUGAAAGAUAAAAACAGACCAUGUUUUAUCAAUGGUGUCCCAUAAAAUGUCGUCGGAUUUAUCGGAGUGACAAUCUGACCAAUGAUGAAAUCCUAUAUUAACAUAAUAGCUAGGAUACCGGUAACAUAAAUGUUUUAAUCAGAAUGCUUUCAUAAUAUAAAUAUAUAUAUAGUAACCCUAUAGUUUGAUUUUAGCAAUAAUGAAUUUACAAUCACAGUUGAUGAUAAUGCAUAGCUUUCUGCAAGGAGACAUAUUUCUGAUCCCUUUUUUUAGUAUUUUUUAUUUAUUUAUUUCUAUCAGAUUUACAUUAUAGUGUUUGAAAUAUAUAUU